CUUCACUCUAUCGGCUGAUUUGGAAACUACAGUUAUUUUUUUUUUUUGUUUCUUUUUGUUUUUUGUUUCUUUUUCUUUACUAGAUCGCUUUUUUUUUUCUUAUAUAUAUAUAUAAUAUGUCUACCUACGAAAAUAAAGCUACGUAUCGAAAAGGCAAUAAUGUGAAGAAAGGUCAAGCACAUCAGAAUACCACUGCAUGGAAACCUAACAAAAACUCAAAAAAAACUCGUGAAAUUAAUGCUUUACCUGUUUAUGGUUUAUGCCAACGUUGUACUGAUGUGAUCCUGUGGAGAAAAAAGUAUAGAAAGUAUAAACCUUUAACCUCUGUCAAGAAAUGUACUGGCUGCGAACAAAAGAAUAUCAAAGAAGCCUAUCAUGUUUUAUGCAACAACUGUGCCUCUCAAAAGAAAGUAUGUGCCAAGUGUUUGGAAAGCAAAGAAAUCAUUACAGAAAAAGAGGAAAUCAAAUCAGCUGCUGAUGAACUUAAGGAUGAACAAGAAUUGGAACGCAUGUUAGCUAAAAUGACUUUACGACAACGACGAAGUUAUAUGCGUAAAUUGGAACGUGGCGAUGAUGUGGGUGAAAUCAACAUAGAUGAUCUGGACGAUUUUGACGAUUUUAGCGAUGAAGACGAUAGCGACCAAAAUGAUCAAGAUUCCAAUUAGGUGUAGAUUAAUAUUAGAUGGUUCCAUUCUCUGUUAUAUUAAAUAGAUGAACUUUGUAACUAGAUACCCUUUUAGACAAUCUAUUUCGAUUCUUAUAUGACUAUUAUCAUCCCGUCAUUUUUUUUUAAAGUCAAUGUAGAUCAUUCAUUCAUUUUUAUUCAUCCUAUUUUUUAUUUCUCAUUUUAUCAAUAAAAUUCAUUCUAUAUACACACGU